GUUUCUAGUCGGGGCACUUUCCGCACGUCCACGCCUUGCGGUCCGAAAGUCGCCUCUCGCGAUGACGGGAACGGUGGGAGCGCCCCCCGGUCUUUCCUCCCCUGGGCCUAGCCCAAGCAACGGCGCAAAUGCUGAGAUGGACGCCAGACAAAUCUCAGCCAAGAUUGCACAGCAGGUGCAGACCCUGUUGCAGCAAGCCAGAGUCUCUUCCGAGCAGAAGGUUACAGCGGAGCUGAAGCUCUUGCACAACGUUAUGCAGGAGAUGGAUCUGCGGCUAGACACCCUGAACAAGCAGCUGGACGAGGUGCCACAGGCCUCCAAGGAGUCUUUGGAGCAAGCGGCGGUGGUGGCAGCGCUGGCCAAGGUGGAACAACAGUGGGGUAAGGAGCUUGGGAAGCUGAAGGGAGAGCUCCAGCAGACGAUCUUCGCCCACAACCACAACGCCGAUUUGAUGAAGCACCAGAAGGAGACCCUGGACCGGAUCCGCCAGGAGAUCGACUCCAGGAGCGCCCCGCACCCGGAGAAGGUGAAGGCGGCUCAGGCGCAGGUGGCCACCUUGGAGCACGUGGCGGAGGGCAUGCAGAAGAAGAAGCUGGACUUGCUGCUCCAGAGGGUGUCCGCUCUGGAGGCCAAGCUCACCUCCUUCUGGACGGGCCCCGGCUACGCCACCCCCGCCGUCCCGCCGGCGCCAGCGACGCCGCCGCCUGCGGCGCCGCCCGCGGCUGCGGUUCCUUCGGCAGCGCCUUCCGCGGCGCCGGUGCGGAGCGGCCCGCCGGGGCUGGAUGUCUACGCCCCCGCCAACGAGGGCGAGGAUGAGGACGAAGACGAACUGCAGGCUGUGAUCGGAAAGGCGUUAGCAGCCGCCACCCGAGUUGGCAAUUGAAGCGCGAGCCAUGUUUGCGGGUUUCCUGUAUUUCCCCUUUUGGUGGUGCUA